AUGGCUGGUCUCGGUAUUCGUUUUGAGGGAGACUUUCAACAGAUGUCUCGCCAGUCCUCCCGGAUGGGUCGUACUAAAUCAAUGCCGGCUUUUCACCAUAACAAAGAUCUAGGACAGUCGAAGCAUCCGACCAAUCAAUCUCAAUGUGUUCAAUUUGCGCUCCCUGAAACACGACCAUCAACCAAACGCGAUCAAGCAAGAUACGAUGAACCUACCGAACACUCUUACAUUCCCACUGGUGAUCAGACUUGGACGGCGACAAAUCCGGGCCAUCAUGAUCAAUACAAGGAUCUCGAAUCAAUCUUGUACGCAUCGAAGAAGCUGCCUGCUACCCCCAGGAUCCAACUACAUCCAUCUCAUCAAGUUUCGGAAGAUAAGAUAUCACAUCCUCCAAUGGUCGAGCAUUUGUCAUUGCAUCAAUCGUCAAAACCAUCAGAUCCCAACUCGAACCAAUCCAAUCUAGUAGGCCCUGGAACGCUGUAUAUGAGACGCCUAGAAAGUGCCAAAGCCCGCGUCGCUCAAAAACAAGAAGAGCUUCAUUCUCACCCUUUACGUCCGGUCCAAAGUAUGCCAGUUGUAUAUGAUGGAUAUUUGGGGGCUGGUAUGAUGGCGGCGGCAAUGCGAGGAAAUCAAGGUCCCCCUAGUCUUGAGCUCCUGCGUGCCAUUGCUCUUCGUGGUAACUCGCCGAGCCUCAACACUAUCCCAUACAGCGAAGCAGCACCUUUCACAUCUCCCUCUACCGGCUCACCAGCUAGAACACCUAACAGUCCAUCGCGCUUGCCUGCAUUUUUACAAAACCGACAGAACCGAGAUGGUUUGAGUCCGAUCAAUGCCUCUCCUCGUCCAUACACAACUGUACCUAAUUCACCCCUCAACCCGCGCCGUUCGCAAACACUACCGCAAUCUAGCAUAUCACCAGUCUUCAAUCUUCAGAUGCCUCCUAUAGAUUGUAAUAUGAUGCAACGAACAAGAUCGGCUGCUGAAGCAACUGAGACUCAAUCCCGACAUCGUCCCGCACGAAGUAUUGCCGAUCUUGGAAGUCUGUAUAACCGCGAUCAAUGUCACCAUCACGUUUCUCAACAUCACAGACAUAAAUCCAACUCAGAUGAGGUCUUCCUCCAGGAGAAUGGAGUGAGAUCAGGCAAUCUAGAAAAACUCAAUUAUAAUCAAGGUAAUAAUUUGAGUUCGACUCGGAGCUGGACCGUUGAAAAUCUAUUUGAUUGUCCUGACCUUGCGAGUGUUGGAACUAAUCGAUGCCAUGCGGAACCAUCCCAACCGAAUCAAGCAAUCAGGGACUCUCCAAGACGUUCUAAAACGGCUCCUCAAGCAUCACAGGACAUGGUUCAAAACAGAAGCAAACAAUCUACCUCCAACAAUGCGCAUGUACCCUAUGGUCCCGGUCAUUCUAGGCAACAGGCGGAACCACAGGCGAUGAGACGUAGCAAGAGUGAAGGCACAGGACUCAAUUCAAGUUUCUCCCUUUCUCGACGUGCCACUUUGAUGUCUGUGGGUGGAGACUCAAUGAAACGCUCCCGGGACCUUUCGCGACUUCUCACGCCUUCGAAAUCUAGCAUGCAUGAUGCUGAACUUGCAAGUGAAGGACGAAGGUCAAGGCGAGGGUCACGUCCAUCAACAGCGGGUUCCGAAUAUCCGCAUGAAAAUGAUAGAACACCACGCAAGAUUGUCAAAGAACCAGAGACUAAUGUAGCAUCAUUAGAAGGAGCUAAGCCGGCGAGUAAGAAGAGAGUUGAGUUAGAUCUUUUGCUUGAAAGUAGUUUGAUUGUGGAAGGCGGAUUUUUACAAGGGAGAAUUGAAGUCAAGGUUCCAGAUCAUAAACAGCUUUCUUGCAAAAAGAUCAACGAUGGUGAAGUUUGGCUGGGUGAGCCAAAGGUCAGGAUUGUCGGCUUUGAGGAACUCUCUGUCAACGAUUCCAGGCACGUGUUUUACCACUACCCAGUCAAGAUCCCAAUGACGACCAAGUCUGCAACGAAAAAGACCCAAGCAGCCCGGAACAUGUUGUCAAUCCUUGAAGAGCCAGUAGAUGAAGAAGGAUUCGUCCAAAGCCGAGCAGGUCUUCAUGCUUAUCCUUUCCAAAUCAGAUUACCUAUAGGGCAAGGCGCAAAGGGCAUCUGGAAAGGGAAGCAAGGAACAGUCCGAUAUAUUGUUAUUGGUUCUGGUGGAGGUCGAUCAAUUGCGCACUUUUACAGACAUAUUGAUUUAUAUCCUUAUUUUGACCCCAUCAAAACUCUAGCAUGUGCUCCUAAGCCAUUGAAAGUGACCACCUCAAAAGGCUUAUUCAUGGGCGGCCAAGGGAAAGUUCAUUUGACAGCAAAAGUACAUCGAUCAGUAUGGGUAGCUGGUCAGCGAUGUCAUGUUGAUGUUCAUGUUGGCAAUGAUGGAACAAAGAAGAUCAAGAGCCUCACGUUGGCAUUGAUCAGGACAACGACAGUCUUUCGUAGCAAAGAACCAUUAUCUGAUUCUGACACAGAAUCAUCGUCAGAGCAAAGAAAAGCUCCGAAGCAUCCGGAAUUUUGUUCUACUCAAACUACCAAGAAGAAAAUUGCUGAAAGUACUUUAACAAUGGGCAAGAAGGGACAUCAGGGUAUUGUCACAGCCAAAGGUCUUUGGAUGGGAGUUGACGAGGGGGAAGAAGUCGCUUUCUCACAUUUCUUGAUGAUACCUCUGGAAGCACUGACCAUCACGCGAGGCCGCCACCUGGAAGUCAGCUAUACCAUCAAGGUAUCGGUGGGUGGCUCUCUCUCUUCGGAUGUUUCGGUUGAUGUCCCCAUCCAGGUCAUAGACUUCGUAUCCAUCGACCCACCACCUGGUCACCUUGUACAUUCACAAGAACAAGAUUCCGCCAAACAUCUGCAACCUGGGACCAAUGAUGCUUCAGACCAAGACGAACUUCAAUUAUUUUUAGGAUCAUCCAGAUUUCCUGACGAAUACGCGCAAUCUUCUGACACGGAAAUAGUAAAUUGCAUUCCAAGUAAAGCGGAUACCUCAUCUGCAAGUUUAAACACAGAAAACAUUGGACUUACCAUCAGUGAAUUCCCAGCUCCUCCUAUCUCGCUAAUGACACCUGAAAAACAACGCCUACCACGACGACCUCUACCAAAUCCUAGUGCUUCUAACCAAAAUAUACCUCCAUCUAGAGGACGCUUCGUAAGUCAGAAGUACGAAACGGUCGAUCCACGAAGAGAUCCAAGGACUUUUUACGAAAACAGCACAGUCAUUCCACGUGAACACCCGCCAAAAUCCCAUGCCAUGGUCUAUAUGACAUCCAACUCCUCUAACGAUUCCUCGUCAUCGGGAGUCUCCGUACAACCAUUCCUUAUGGAAAAUAAGGUGCGCAGGAUUUAA